AUGGAAGAGGAGAGACAGCGGGCGGGGUUGGAGGAUUAUCGAAUUGUCAGAGUGGUGGGCAAGGGGAGCUAUGGAGAAGUCAGCCUGGCUGCACACCGUGCGGAGGGGAGACAGUAUGUGAUUAAAAAGCUGAGCCUUCGCAAUGCCCCUCGUAGGGAGCGGAAGGCAGCAGAGCAAGAGGCUCAGCUCCUUUCUAAACUGAAACAUCCUAACAUUGUGGCCUAUAAAGAAUCCUGGGAGGGUGAGGAUGGAUUGCUGUACAUUGUCAUGGGCUACUGUGAAGGAGGAGACUUGUACCGUAAACUCAAAGAUCAAAAGGGUAAACUACUUCCAGAGAGCCAAGUGGUAGAGUGGUUUGUUCAGAUUUCCAUGGCACUGCAGUAUUUACAUGAUUUGCACAUUAUGCACCGGGAUCUGAAAACUCAGAAUAUCUUCCUGACAAAAUCCAAUAUCAUCAAAGUGGGAGAUCUGGGAAUUGCCAGGGUCCUGGAGAGCCAGUAUGAUAUGGCCAGCACUCUUAUUGGGACUCCCUAUUACAUGAGCCCAGAGCUUUUCUCCAAUAAACCAUACAACUAUAAGUCUGAUGUCUGGGCCCUGGGAUGCUGUGUGUAUGAGAUAGCGACUCUCAAGCAUGCAUUCAAUGCUAAAGAUAUGAACUCUUUGGUGUAUCGAAUCAUCGAAGGGAAGCUGCCACCUAUGCCUAGAGAUUACAGUAGUGACCUGGGAGAUCUUAUUGGAACAAUGCUAAGUCGACAGCCUGAAAAAAGGCCAACAAUGAGGCAAAUAUUAAGAAAACCUUACAUUAAAGAACACAUUGCCUUGUUUUUACAAAAUUCAAAGCUAAAACAGGGCAGGCGGAAAAAAAAAAAGGUGGUGGACUCAAACAAUGUUUCCAAAAAUGCUGAACAGGAAUUAAAACCCCGGACAAUUCCAGAUCAUGCAAUUGAACAUAAAGUGACUAAAGUUAAGAGUCCAGUGAAGAAAGCAGCCAGCGUAUCUCCACCGUCUCCUGUCCAAGUGAAUAAUAUGGCAGUGUCCAUUUCAUCCGUUAGCAAGGUGGUUAUUGAUAUUGUAUCUAGUGACAAAAGACAGCCACAUGAUGAACAUUUGAUACCCCAGUCUGAGAAUGGAUGCAUCUCCAGGGACAUUGCAGGUAAAGUGACACGGAAUAGACCCCAAGGGCAAGACUAUCAAGCAACGCCGCAACCAGCAUUAAGCUGCAAGAUGGAAAAUAAAAUUCCUUCUGUUAGCCUAGAAGAUGAAGAAGACACCAUGAAACUUUUGAAACUCGCCAAAGAAGAUGGAAACAUACCUCAGGAUGCUUUGGAAUCUACAGAGAAGCUCCUUGAAGGAUUUGUUCCAGUUACAGAACCUGAUGGACAUGUAAAAGAAAGUGAAAUUCAUCCUCGUACUUCUGAGUCUGGGCCAUCUUUGUCCAGACAGAAGAGACACCGAAUUAGAGAGCAGAUUUCAGUAGAUUCUGAGAAGGAUCAUCGCCCUUUGUCAGCAAGAGAGAGAAGAAGAUUAAAACAGUCCCAAGAAGAAAUAUCUUUAUCUGCGCCAUCAGUCACAAAAAGUUCUGCUAAUGCUGUUGAGAAAGCUGAAGAAAUAAAUUCUGCCAAUCAAGUGCCAAUUAUGCGUGAGAUGAAAAAACUAAAGCCUGCAUGGCAAUUGUCUGAAGAAGAUUUAAGCUCGUCAACAAGUUCCACAGACAAAUCUGAAGGAGAAUGUAAAGAGAGGAAAAGCUCAGACUCUGGAGAUAUGAAUGACUUGGUUGAUCUAAUGACACAAACAUUACACAUGGAAAAGGACAGAGGACCACUGUCACCAGGUCCUCGUGAUGAAUUUCGAAUCCACAGGAAAUACAGAGACACAUUAAUGUUACAUGGAAGAGCUGAUGAAGGCCAAGAAGAUGUCUUUUUUCAAGAGAUACCAUCAGAUAACUUAACUGUUCCUCAAAAGUUCCGCAGAAUGAUUGAGGCUUUGAGAACUGAUGUUGUGAAGGGUCUUGGAGUGAAGGUCCUGGAACAAGUGUAUGAUGUCAUGGAUAAGGAUGAUGACAGACAGAAAGAGUUGCAUUUACAGAAUAUACUUGGAGAGAAGUAUGACGACUACAAUCUGAAAGUGCGGCAGCUUAAAUUUUUUGAAGAUAAUUCAAAAUUUUAG